ACGGCGCCCAGCCUCGGGUGCUGGCGCGUGGGGGCCGGGCCGGCGCGGUGCCUUCCGCCCUUCUGCAGCUAUCUGCAUAUUUUUUCUUUCUUUUUCGCAAUUUUGAAUAUUUUGCAGGACGAGGGGUUCAAGGCAGGUGAGAGCAUCCUGCACGUCGCCCAGGAGCCUGCGGGCGCUUGGCGCGCUCUCCGGGGACCGUCUGCACUGGGAACCCGAAAGUUUUUUGUUUUUAUUUUCUUAUGCAGAUGUAUUUAUAAAGAUAUAAGUAAUUUUUUUCUUGUCUCCACCGCCUUGAAAGCGAGUACUUUUGGCAAAGGACGGAGGAAAAAGCUCAGCAACAUUUUGGGGGGCGGUUGGGUUUUUUUCUUUUUAAAGAAAAACAUUUGAGUGCAUCGCGAUGGAGAAAAUGUCCCGACCGCUCCCCCUGAAUCCCACCUUUAUUCCGCCUCCCUACGGCGUGCUCAGGUCCUUGUUGGAGAACCCGCUGAAGCUCCCCCUUCAUCACGAAGACGCAUUUAGUAAAGAUAAAGACAAGGAAAAGAAGCUGGAUGAUGAGAGUAAUAGCCCGACGGUCCCCCAGUCGGCGUUCUUGGGACCCACCUUAUGGGACAAAACCCUUCCCUAUGACGGAGAUACUUUCCAGUUGGAAUACAUGGACCUGGAGGAGUUUUUGUCAGAAAAUGGCAUUCCCCCCAGCCCGUCUCAGCAUGACCACAGCCCUCACCCUCCUGGGCUGCAGCCGGCUUCCUCUGCCGCCCCCUCCGUCAUGGACCUCAGCAGUCGGGCUUCUGCACCCCUUCACCCUGGCAUUCCGUCCCCAAACUGUAUGCAGAGCCCCAUCAGACCAGGUCAGCUGUUGCCAGCAAACCGCAAUACACCGAGUCCCAUUGAUCCUGACACCAUCCAGGUCCCUGUGGGUUAUGAGCCAGACCCGGCAGAUCUUGCCCUCUCCAGCAUCCCUGGCCAGGAAAUGUUUGACCCUCGCAAACGCAAGUUCUCUGAGGAAGAACUGAAGCCACAGCCCAUGAUUAAGAAAGCGCGUAAAGUCUUCAUCCCUGAUGAUCUGAAGCAGGAUGACAAGUACUGGGCCCGGCGCAGGAAGAACAACAUGGCAGCCAAGCGUUCCCGCGACGCCAGGCGGCUGAAGGAGAACCAGAUCGCAAUCCGGGCGUCCUUCCUGGAGAAGGAGAACUCGGCCCUGCGCCAGGAAGUGGCUGACUUGCGGAAGGAGCUGGGCAAAUGCAAGAACAUACUUGCCAAGUACGAGGCCAGGCACGGGCCCCUGUAGGAUGGCAGUCUUGCGGGCUGGCUUUCCAAUAGAUGGACAGUGUGUUUCCCGCCUGAUAGCACCACACCCGAACCAACCUUUCUGACAUCAGCACUUUACCAGAGGCGUAAACACAACUGACUCACAUUCUGGUGUGCGUGUGCGCGCGUGCGCGCUUCUGCUCCCGUGUGGUCCGCGGUGCGCGCGCGUGCCUUUGCACUUGCCAUGUUAAGGUAGCCCUCUCCUCAUCUUUCAGUUCCGAAAAAGAAAGGUGCCGUGUUUUUACUGGACUGUGGAGACGCCUCCUGGGGUCUCCUGCCCCUCCCUCCAACCCCUCUCCUGCCCCUUGCCGCGUCGCUCUCUGGUGGCUCCUGCCUGCUCUUCCGGGACCCUCUGCUGGGCUCCACCAAGCAGGGCCCUGGUGAAAUAGUAGAUCUCAGUUGUCAAGACUACGAGCUCUUGUUUCUGUUUAAUCUGUAAGUUACCAUGCUAAUAAGGUGCGCAAAAAUCACUUAGCACUACACUGCAGCGCUCGCUCGCUCUCUCUCUCUCUCUCUCUCUCUCUCUCUCUCUCUUCAGUUAUAGGUUGCUUUCCUCAUAUUUUCAGUUUUGGUGAUAAUUGUCUUCAAAUUUCAAGUGCUGUUUAGAUUUAUUAGAUCCCAUAUUUACUUACUGCUAUCUACUAAGUUUCCUUUUAAUUCUACCAACCCCAGGUAAGUAAGAGUACUAUUCUAGAACACAGAGUGUGUUUUUGCACCGUCUGUACCUAAAGCAAUAAUCCUAUUGUACGCUAGAGCAUGCUGCCUGAGUAUUACUAGUGGACAUAGGAUAUGUUCCCUACCUAAGAAUUUCACUGUCUUUUAAAAAACAAAAAUUACAGUAAUGCAUUUGAGCAUGCCCAGAAUAUCCCCAGGACAGGGAAGCAGAGGGAAAUGCCAGGUCUAAGAACGAGGGAUUAAUUUAUCAGCAUAGGAGCCAAAAAAAAAAAAAAAAAAAAAAAAAAUUGCAUCUUGGAACAGCUUUUGACAUUGAUAUGUUUGCUUUUGUUUUCUCCGCUCCCCACCCCCACUUUUCUAGUUCCCUUUUUCCAUAUCCCUCUUGAUAUUCAAAACAAUUACUUAAGAUUCAGUUGUCCCCGUUUUUGGGUAAUAUAUAUAUUUUUGUGAAUUAUACCUUGCUGUUUUUAAAAAUCAGUUAAUUAAGUUAAUAAGUUGAUGUUUUGUAAGACCCUUUUUCCUAGUGGUGUCAUUUUCGAAUGCUUCAUAAAUUAAUGAUUCUGGAGCUUAUGUUUCUUAUUUCGUUUGCUUUUUUGAAAGUAUGUGCUCUUAUAAAGAGGACUUUUGAAAAAUGAAUGUAAAAGACACUGGUGUAUCUCAGAAGAGGAUGGUGUUGUCAUAAACUGUGGUUAAUCCAAUCAAUUUAAAUGUUUACUAUAGACCAAAAGGAGAGAUUAUUAAAUUGUUUAAUGUUUAUACAGAGUAAUUAUAGGAAGUUCUUUUUUGUACAGUAUUUUUCAGAUAUAAAUACUGACAAUGUAUUUUGGAAGACAUAUAUUAUAUAUAGCAAAGAAGAGGAAAACUAUUCCAUGUUUUAAAAUUAUAUAGCAAAGAUAUAUAUUCAUCAGUGUUGUACAGAGAAGAAGCGCUUGGGGGUUUUUGAAGUCUUUAAUAUUUUAAGCCUAUCACUGAUACAUCAGCAUGGUUUUUGCUUUAAAUUAAAAUUUUAUGACAGCAUCGAAGCUUGGUGUGACGAAUCCCGCUCUAAAAUAUAUAAAGAGCUUUCCUGUUCCCUAUUAGGUCUCAGAAAGAAGUCAGUUAACGUCACCCAGAAGCACAAAGUGGAUGUUAGUCAAAUAUUUAUUGGCUGAUACAGUGUUUUUUAGGAAAAGCAUCUGCCAUGAAAACGUUCACUUCAAAGUUACAAGUUUCUGGAAUGAAAUAUCACUGCAAGCACCCCAAACAAUUCUGUUCCCCUCUGUGGGCACGUGUGUCUUAUGCAGUAUAAGGUUGAUACCGGUGUUACAUGUACGGUUUAUAAUUUGGUAGAUGUUUUGACCUUAAAGGUGAUUGUUCUUUUGUUUCACCAAGUUGUGUAAUGUCAAGAGAUUCCGCUGUUAUUGCAAAGAUACGUUUUGUGCUAGAUUAAAACACCCUUUCAUCAAUGGGAUUUUCUAGUCUCCUGCCUCCAGAGUAUCUAAUCCUUGAAUGACCUGGUGGUCCCCUUGUCCAUCCACCAGCAGUGCUUCUGUCGAGUGUCAUAGUUUCCGUAAAUCUGACUAGAAGGCUAUUUCUACUAGAUAUUCAUUUUGUCCCGAGCUACGGAUUAUGGUGGGAAAUGCGAGAGCAUUAGAAUCGAAAUGCAUUGUUCAGGUAUGCAACUAAGAAAAGAAGACCUUUGGCCAAAUUAAGCAGAACUGAAUAAGCAAUAUUCAGGAAGAGAUGCAGGUGGAUGCAGUGUUAGCUUUUUUAUAGGUAGAGAGACCAGUGGCAGCAGAAGUAUUCAGUGGCAGGAGUUUCUGAAACGGAAACAAGCAAUGUCUGUAAGUGGAGAAGUGUUGCACCAUUGGCCAUCCAGGUUCACCACAGGAUGAGAUGGUAGCUGAAAAAACCGUAUUUAUUUGAGCUCUGGUCUUGGAAUGAGGUUGUCUGUAUCAAAUGAGGGUCACACAUUUUCUCUGUGGAAGAAAUAAAAAGAUCAUAAUAAAAUUUACUCUUGGGUGUGCUAGGAGAGGUUUCAGAAACCUACCUCGUCUUAAAAUUUAAAAACUUUUGGAGUCUGUACACGUGCCUUAUAUGUAGGUCAUUGUCCCCGCACACACAUGAACACUCAUUCCUGGACUUGCUUUCUGUCGAGGGCGGUUAACUAGUAAACAAGGCAGUUCUGCUCGAUGGCGUAGGAAGCUGUGGCCUGAUUUGGAAGGACUCAGAUCAAGCAGGGUCAGAUGAGUUCUGCAGACCACAGCUACUAAAAGAGUCCUGUUGUCAUUUUCCACCUUUUCAUCAGAAGCAUCUUUCGGAGAUUAAUGACUUGGCCAUUAAAAAUGAAUCCAAAUCCUAUCGUGCCAACAUCAUUUAGACACAAUUUGGAAUGAACGGCCUGCUUUCCUGACAGGGUCGCGGUGUCAUUUCUGUGGACUUAGACUUGCAGAGAAGGGCAAAACCUGAUGAGCAUGUCCUGCCUCAUGCAAUUUGAGGCUGCAGGUAGGGAAUAGGAGGGCUGGGAGAGAUCACGUCCUCCUUUUGAGAAAGGGGCCACCUUCUGACCAUUCAAAACACUCAGUGGGCAAGACUGUGCCAGGCCUUUCAUCUUCCAGUACGGCAGGCCUGGGGGAAGUCAUCCCUUGAAGCAGAAGGACCGUUUGUUCCAGGAGCAUGCAGAUGGGAUGUGGCUUCGGGUGGGUAGGAUGCUGUGCUAGAGAACCCAGGGGUUCCUUCCGACUCGCCGGUUUUGUGAGGGAACACACAAUAAUUCUAAAUGUGCAUUUAGAAGGUCUUGAGCCUAAAAGAAUUUUAAGUGCAGCCCCCUCUUCUCCAGCCACCCCUGAGGAAAACAACAUGCAGAGGUAUACUUGCUUUUUUUCCGGUAGUUUAUCUAAUUUCCCCCUGGUGUUCCUUUUAAGAAAAUUCAGACUUUGUCAGAGUUCGUCAGAGCUGUCCCAAGCCAGGCUGGCUUGGCCUGUUUGCCUGUGUGGAGCGCGGACGCUGGGAUUUAACCCGGGGUCGGCAAGCUGCAGGUGAUGGGGGACAGUGUGCUAAACAGCUUCUGCUCUCAGGGUGCAGCUCCCUGCUGAGGGCUCCGGGGCCCCACUGGGGAGGCCAAGGUCUCCUCCUGGUUUUCUCUACAAUUAAUAAUGUCAUUUUAAAAAUGAGCAAAGCCUUAUCCUAGAUCUCAAUUGGAUUAGACUUGACAAUUAAGUCAGUACAUUGUGCAGAGGGCCAAGUGUAUGUAGAGGAGUGUGAGUGUGUGUGUGUGUGUGUGUGUGUGUGUGUGUGCGCGCACGUGUGUGGAUAUUUAAGUCAAAUCAUAACAUUUUUAAUUUUGGAGAACCUUCCCGAACAUAACCACCAUAACCAUUAUCCUUUUGGCAACACCACAAAGGUUGCAUCUGUUAAACAGGUACAAGUUCACAUGAGGUCAGUUUCAUUGUACAUCGUGAUAUGGGUGGUGUUUAUGCUGUUAAGUCCGAACCCUUAUCUGUCUGUUAUUCUCAAUGCUUAAUAAACUUUGAAUUUGUUCCUUUC